AUGGAUUCGCAAGAUGAACUGGAUUCACAAUAUGAAAUGGAUUCGCAAGAUGAAAUGGAUUCGCAAGAUGAAAUGGAUUCGCAAAAUGAAACGGAUUCCCAAGAUGAGAGUUAUCUGCAAGAUGAAAUGGAUUCACAAAAUGAAAUUGAUUCCCAAGAUGAGAGUGAUCUGCAAGACGAAAUUGAGCAAAUUGGAACGCUGGACGAAAUAGGAAUGCUAGAGGAUGACUACGUAAUGGAGGAGGAUGACAAUAGCGACAGUAAUAAUGAUAAUGUUAUAGAUGAAGAUCAGAUUGUUGACUCACCGAUGGGUAUAAACCAGAUGUUGAAUACUGCAUCAUACUUUGAGAAUCCGACCUCUGCAUUACUAUUUUGCUACAUACAGAAGCACAAUAUGACAUGUUUAGUUUCAAGAGAAAAUUUAACAGACGAAAACUUAGAUAUUGCCAGCAUUUCCCGUUAUCACCACAUUACAAAUACUCAGUUUGAGGACAUUUUUGCAGCACCAACGAUUACGCAACAAAAUGACAUUGCCAAAAGAUACGGUCUACAAAAAUGGUUUCCAAUACUUGAUGAACUUCAACGUGAACGACAUCUCCAGUCACCCCAGGACAUUUAUCAUAUAAUGGCCGGUAAAACACUAAAACUUCUUAAAUUAACUGUCGCAAUGUUAUCACUGGUUGGUGAACAAAGAUUUCUCAGGGUUUGGAAGUCAUUCGAAUAUCCUCAUCAAUGGUCAAAACUUCCAAACCCUAUAAGUCAUGUUGAAAGUUUUAUGAUGUCAGACUGUAUUCGGCUAGGAAUGGUAAUGCCAUUUAUAUUAAAUAGAUCAUUGGAUGCAAACUCUUUUAAACCAACAGAACUACGCAAUCAAGUGGCUAAUGCAAUCAUUAAUUGCUGGUCGAUUGUGGCCAAAUGCACUCGCUUAGUAUUUAAAUUUCCAUUAUCAAUCAGUGACUACAAAGAACUUGAAAAGAUUCUAAAAGAAGAAAGAGAAGUCUUGACUAUGUUUGUGGGUCUUCCUAAUCUUCACGCCUGUUAUCAUUUACCUCGACAUGCACGUACAUUUGGAACUCUUGUGAACACUGAGGUUGGAAUCAAAGAGAUGAUUCACCGCAUUUUUAAAAAUAUGGUUUUGCGAACCAAUCGCAAGAAUGUUGAAUUUGAGUUAUUAAAACGUUACACGACUCUUCAGUCUAUUCGGCAUUUAAUAGACGGUGGGCUUGACCCUCGAUAUUCACGAUCUAAUAACGAUUUUCUGAAAAAGCCAAUAAUUUCUUAUAAGCAAAUAAUUAAAACUGACACAGCUUUAUUUCGUUCUGACUUGGCUCUUGCUUAUCAAGAUUUCGGAUAUAAUGCAUCGCUAAUUAGCAAGUAUUAUGGCUUUUAUGAAAGCGCAUCCUAUACGCAAAAUGAUGGUUACACUGAAAUUAAAUACCAUUUGCAUAAGAAUGAUGUGGUAACAAUUCGAGUGAAUAAUUAUGAAGGUUAUGCGAUGGUUAAAG